AUGGUUUACAUCACAGAGGACAUGGUCCGCCAGCGGGCCGAGCACAACGACUGUGAGAUCUUCUCGCUGGAGGAAGUCUCUCUGCACCAGCAGGACAUCGAGCGGAUCGAGCACCUGGACAGGUGGUGCCGGGAGCUGAGGAUCCUCUACCUGCAGAACAACCUCAUCCCCAGGAUAGAAAACGUGGGGCGUUUGAAGAAGCUCGAGUAUUUGAACCUCGCCUUGAACAACAUCGAGGUCAUCGAGAAUCUGGAGGGCUGUGAGUUCCUGCAGAAACUGGAUCUGACUGUUAACUUCGUGGGUCGGCUGAGCAGCGUGGAGUCGCUGCGGCACAACCUCCACCUGCGGGAGCUCUUCCUGGUGGGAAACCCCUGCACCCAGUUCCACGGCUACAGGCAGUACGUGGUGGCCGCCCUGCCGCAGCUCAGGUGGCUGGACGGGACGGAGAUCAGCCGCUCGGAGAGGAUCCGGGCGGCUCAGGGCCUGGAGGAGGCGAGGAGGAGCAUCUGGCAGCAGGAGCAGGAAUACCUGAGGAGGAGGGCCGAGGAGAAGGAGGAGGCGCAGAGGAAGACGGCCGGAGGAGAGAAGAAGAAGAAGAAGGAAAAUGACAACAACAACAAAAACUCCCAACCAGAGAGGAAGCCAGGCACCGACAUCAGCAGCUCAGCUCCGGGUUCGGAGGAGCAGCAGGAGCGCACGCAGGAGGAGCCAAGGCCCGAGCCCACCGAGGAGCAGCGGGAGGAGCCGAGGCCCGAGCCCACCGAGGAGCAGCGGGAGAAGGAAUUCUGGGAAACGCCGUGUGACUUCACGCCCGAGUCCCGGCUGGAGGUUCACCGCCACCUGCAGGAGAAGAAGAGGGCCAAGGAGAAGGACAAAGAGAAGAAGCCGAAGGCUCCAAGGACCCUGAUCACUCCUGAAGGACGGGUCAUGAAUGUGAACGAGGCGAAGCUGCCCUUCUCUCUGACGGAGGAUUUGGAGAACAACAGCGUUGUCUUGGACCUGGCUGUGUACAGACACUUGGACACCUCCCUGAUGGACGUGGACGUUCAGCCGACGUAUGUCCGAGUCACCGUCAAAGGAAAGAUAUUUCAGCUGGUCGUGCCUGCCGAAGUGAAGCCUGACAGCUCGACAGCCAAGAGGUCCCAAACCACCGGCCACCUGCUCGUCACCAUGCCCAAGGCUGAAGGUGAAAUCAAAGCGACGCAGAGCGGCCCACGUCCACCCAAAGCACGACUCUGCACCACCGGCAACAAAACACCCAGUGAGGGUCAACAGUUCAAAGGUCACGUCCCGUCUAGGCUGGAGGUGGAGCCCAGCAGGCUAAUCGACCUGGCCAACAUCGUGCCGCGGGCGGGCGCCAAGGAGGGGCCGCUGGAGACGCCCAGGACGCCGCCACCCCCUGCAGACCAGAACUUCUCUGAAGGGUUUGUGGACGACCCCGAUGUCCCCCCGCUCAUAUGAGACUCGGAGAACAAAACAAAACAACAAAAGACUUUUUAUCCAUGAAUCCCCCAAAGCAGGGAACUGAAUCAGUCCAGCUGUGCUUUCACACCUGCAGCAACACCGUCAUCGAGUCAGCUGAUGUCACUUCAAGUCGGUCCC